AUGCUACUAACAAUGUCCCUCUCAUCCUCACUCAACUCUCUCACUCUCUCCACUCCAUUCCUCCAUGGAACAACCCAACUCUCUCACUUAUCAAAACCCAAUUCUCCUCUCUCUCUCCUGCCCACAAAGCCCUUCACUUUCCUCCCUCCAAUCAGGGCCAUGAAGUCAAUGCAAGGCAGGGUUGUUUGCGCAACAAGUGACAAGACUGUGGCUGUUGAGGUUACAAGGUUGGCCCCACAUCCUAAGUACAAGAGAAGGGUCAGGAAGAAGAAGAAGUACCAGGCUCAUGACCCUGAGAAUCAGUUUAAACUUGGAGACCUUGUCCAGCUUCAAGAGAGCAGACCCAUUAGCAAGACUAAGAGUUUUAUUGCUGUGCCUGUACCGGCCAGGAAGAAGAAGGAGAAGAAAGAUGGUGACGAGGGAGGAGUGGUGUCUCAACAGCUUGGAAUUCCAUUGGAGUCUCAACAGGAACAGCAGGCUUAA